UAUACAAAUUCUGUUUCUUAAAUAUAUGGUAUGAUAGUAGGAUCAUACUUUUAUGAUGUUUGGAUUAAUAUGUUAAGUUUUUUUAUUUUUUGCUGCCUUAUGAAAUUUUAUGCUUUAGUCUAAAAUAUUGAUGUAACUGAACACAACGUUUUUUGACUGAAGAAUAUUUGAUUCACAUGGAAUUCUGUAUUCUGAAAAUGUUGGAGUUGGAUUAGGGAAAUAAUUAGGAAAAAAGAAUUAUUCAGGUAGUCUUACACUAAUUUUGGUGAAUAUUAUUUCUUUAAUUUAUGAAUUGAAUCCUCUUUCAGGUAGCAGGCCUGAGUCAGUAGAAGUUAUAAUUUGUGUCACUAUCUUUGGCCUACUGCCGUGCUUCCUUGUUUUUGUCUCCAUGUCUAUUUCAUCAUUUUUAGUUAAGCUAAGUGGGACUAUGAAGGUGGAUGGCAGCAUUGUUUUCUUUUGAUUAUUGCUUUUAUUUUCAAGACUGUUAAAGAGGAAGGAAUGAAAAAUAUAGGAAUCUGCAAUUACUAAUGGAGAAGAUUGGAAAUAGGUAGUUUAGAAUCUUGAAGGAAGGGAAAGAAUAUAAAAAUUGCAAAGACAAUUUGAAAUGAAUUUUGUAAACGGCUAGAUAGAAGGGAUGGAGAGAAUCUUGGUUUAAAAGUUUAGGGGCUGUUCAGUGCUUUCCUACUGUAUUGGGAACUUUUUACAACUUGUUAUACUAUAGAAACAUUUUUGGUUCUCAAAAGAAGAAAAAAAAAGUGACUUUAUAAAGAGAGAAUUUGUUUCUAAGCCUUGACAGGAGAAUUAAGAAAUGUGAAGUGCUUCUUGGUUGUUAUAUCUACCUUUAUAGUUGUGUCAGAACAAAUUUUGGAGGUAGAUGAAAAUAUUUUAUUUAGUAGCUUUUGCAUCACAUGUUCGUUAUGUUUGUUUUGUUAGUGGCGAUUUGAACUUUACAAUAAAAAUAAGCAUACACAUCAGUAUUAGUUGCAUUCAUCAAAGAACUUAUAUACUGUUUAGAGCAUAUGUUCAAUGAUAUAAAAUUUUGAAGCAUAUUUUACUUGCAGGCAUUUGAAAUUAUGCUCAACAAAGUUAAAUAGAAAGACCUUGCACUUACGAUUCAGUACUAAACAUGGGUGCAUUUUUGGAUAAACCCAAAACUGAGAAACACAAUGCUCACGGUGCUGGGAAUGGUUUGCGUUACGGCCUAAGCAGCAUGCAAGGAUGGAGAGUAGAAAUGGAAGAUGCUCACACAGCGGUUGUAGGUAUUCCUCAUGGCUUGGACAACUGGUCAUUUUUUGCUGUUUAUGAUGGUCAUGCUGGAUCUCGAGUGGCAAAUUAUUGCUCAACACACUUAUUAGAACAUAUUACUAAUAAUGAAGAUUUUAGGGCAGCAGAAAAACCUGGAUCUGCUCUUGAACCUUCAGUGGAAAAUGUUAAGAGCGGAAUCAGAACUGGCUUCUUGAAAAUUGAUGAAUACAUGCGUAACUUUUCAGAUCUCAGAAAUGGAAUGGACAGGAGUGGCUCAACUGCAGUAGGAGUUAUGAUUUCACCUGAACAUGUCUACUUUAUCAACUGUGGAGAUUCACGUGCUGUCCUUUUUAGGAGUGGACAAGUCUGCUUUUCAACCCAGGAUCACAAACCUUGCAAUCCAAGGGAGAAGGAGAGAAUCCAAAAUGCAGGAGGCAGUGUAAUGAUACAGCGUGUUAAUGGUUCAUUAGCAGUUUCUCGAGCUCUGGGGGACUAUGAUUACAAGUGUGUGGAUGGCAAGGGCCCUACAGAACAACUUGUUUCUCCAGAGCCUGAGGUUUAUGAAAUUUUAAGAGCAGAAGAGGAUGAAUUUAUCAUCUUGGCUUGUGAUGGGAUCUGGGAUGUUAUGAGCAAUGAGGAGCUCUGUGAAUUUGUUAAAUCUAGGCUUGAGGUAUCUGAUGACCUGGAAAAAGUGUGCAAUUGGGUUGUGGACACUUGUUUACAUAAGGGAAGUCGAGAUAACAUGAGUAUUGUGCUAGUUUGUUUUUCAAAUGCUCCUAAGGUCUCAGAUGAGGCAGUGAAAAAAGAUUCAGACUUGGAUAAGCACUUGGAAUCACGGGUUGAAGAAAUUAUGGAGAAGUCUGGUGAGGAAGGAAUGCCUGAUCUUGCCCAUAUCAUGCGCAUAUUGUCUGCAGAAAAUAUCCCUAAUUUACCUCCAGGGGGAGGUCUUGCUGGCAAGCGCUAUAUUAUUGAGGCUGUUUAUAAUAGACUAAAUCCACAUAGAGAGAAUGAUGGGGCCCCCGAUGAUGCUGAGGAAAGUGGAUCACAGGGAAAAUUGGUGGAAGCUCUCAGGCAAAUGAGAAUUAAUCAUAGGGGAAACUACCGACAACUUCUGGAAGAGAUGCUGACUAGUUACAGGCUAGCUAAAGUACAGGGAGAAGAAAGCGCUGCUGAAUCAGCUGCUGGAGCUACUUCUUCGAACAAUGAUGCUGGAGACCCAGUGACAAUGCUGGAACCCCAUACUGAAACAAAAAGUGAUCUUGAUGAAUUAGAACAUUCUAAUGAAGAUUCAGGGACACAGAUGAGCGAUUCACGCAUAUGAAUUCUCUCUUUUUGUUAAUAUGUUUAUGGUCUUUGAUUUGACUUUUUUGCCUAGCUAGUAUAAUGUAUGCAUUUGUGUAUCAGUUUGUUAUGUGAAUCUUGGAAAACUAGUUUUAUUUGUACAGUCUUAUUUUUUAAGAAGGCCUUUUUUGCAUAUACUUUUUAUCAGAUAAUUAAUUCAGAGUUUACUAUAGUACUUUAAAUUUAAUAAAAUUAUAUAUCCUGUUUCAUUAUAGGGUGUGCCUGAAAUCAGGUCACCAAUUGAAGUCAGUAGUUUGUUGUUUUUUGUUUUUUGUUUUCCUGUUUGUUUCUUUCUUAAAAUUGGAUUACACCAGAUGAGUUCCAUCUGUUUCAUUAAACUGAGACUAAUUUCUGUUGUGGACAGGUCCAUUGUUAAUACAGAACUUUUAUUGUUUUACAUUGUUUUACAUAGUGAACUCAAAAGUUUUAUAAUUUUGCCAUUUGUUUAGCAUUAGUUAUUAAAGAAAGGCUGAUGGUGGCCUGUAAUUCUUUCUUGGAAUGCUCUCUGACAUGUUGUUUGAAAUUGUAUUUAUUUUAAAGCACUAUAGUUUUAUUUUUAGAACUUGUGAGAGAUUGAAUGUUUCUUUUGACUUUGUGUAUUCUCUAUAAAACAAAUAUAGUUUUUAGAAAAAGUGUACUAUUCCUGAAACUGUGGUUUGUAGUUUCUGUAUAGAUGAUAUCUGUACAACAAAAUGUAUAUGAAACUGUUUAGUAUGGAAAAAAGUUUGUGUUUAAGAUUUCCCCCCAAUAAAGCAUGAAAUGUGGAAUAA